AUGCCGGGCAUAUAUUCACGCCAGGCCGUGGUUCAAGGGAACGGCGGGGAUUUAUUUUUUGUCGACGAUAAUCCGUCGUUUUGGUGGACGAGGACUGGGCAAAUCGUCAGAUGGUCGGUUUUACUCGGCAUCUUUUUCCUGAUCAUCGCGUUCAUGGCAGGCGGAUAUUGGCAUGCGAAGCGGAGGAUCAAUAAAGGCCUGAAGCCUCUGGGAUACCACAGAUGGCUUCUGAAUCGACAGCAGCGAGCGAGAUAUGACCCUGCGUACCAAAACCCCUCCGUCUACUAUCAUGCCCCACAAGGUGGCCAUUACGGCAUGAACCACGUACCACCACCAAUGUACGAUCCAAGUUCGCAGAGGCCACCAGUAUAUCAACCUCCUGCUGGAGGGUCAAAGGUUGAUCCAUCGCAAGGGGGACCGGAACCCAUUCACAGACCGGCCGACAAUGCGGAUCCGGCUCCGCAAUAUGAGCCUCCUCCCGGGCCGCCACCAGCAGCGGUACACGCAAAUCACACGGGCUCGAGCACUGUGAGCAACAAUCCAUAUAGACAAUGA